GCGGGGGGGGGGGACAGCCGAGAUCCAAAAGUCUACGAUUGAACAGGAGGGGAAAAUAACCAUGUCUAAUCCUUGAAAGGUGCACAUCCUGCGUGCCCACGCCGUGCAUCGUGCUCCGCGCGGGCGCAGAGGCCAACUGAGGGGGACACCUCAUUGGCCGGUGUGAUCCCCCCCACAGGCCCGCCACCUCCCAAGGCGGGCCCUGAUUGUCUGGAUAGGCACUGGUGGGAGAAAAUGGCCGCCGCGCUCGGCUGAAGAGUCACACUGAGUUAUUUCCCUUUCCACCCCCCCACCCCCCAACAUCACUGUUCAUGGCUGAGUUGUGAACCGUGAGCCCACCUUCUUCCUGAUGCGCUGUAGAGUACUAUGGCAAUGCAUGAUAUGAGUCGUGCCAAGGGUUUCCCCUGUAAAGAAUGUGAUAUGGUAUGUCCGAGUACUCCAAGUCUACUAGAGCAUAUGAAAGCGCACUACCAGCAGGAAGAAAGUGGACGGUUCGAGUGUGAACAGUGUGGUCGUAUCUACAAGCACGCAGCCAGCCUAGCCAAUCACAAGAAAUCCCACGAAGUGGGCUCCUUCCAGUGUCCGGUUUGUACGCGCACGCUGCCCAAUGCAGUAGCGUUAAAGAACCACCUUCGGAUCCAUACUUUAUCCCCCAGUAGCGCACACGCAGAGGAAGAGAACGAGGAGUUGCCUGAGGAGACCAGCCACGACGAGAGGAACUACGGUCUGGCCCAGGACCUUUCGGACGGGUUUGGUCGCUCCCAUUUGAAUAAUAGUGGUACAGGCCACAGUGUCUUGCCGGGCCACGAGACAAACGACCACGGGAAAAAAGGCUCCCCCGAAUCUGACGACGCCUGGGACAGACCCUUCAAGUGUGACCAGUGUGACCGGACCUACCGGCAUCACGGUAGUCUGGUGAACCACAAAAAGUGUCACCAGCAAGGAACUUUUAAGUGUUCUGUGUGUUUUAAACAAUUUAGCAAUCUGGCUGCUCUAAACGGCCACGAGAGGACUCACUCCAAGUUCAAGGCGCCGGGGGCUUCUAUGGUGAGCGGGAGCAGUGGCAGCAGCAGCCUUCACAGCUCAGAGCGCAACGCCGCCUCCCAGUCGUCUCAGAGUGACGACUCCGCCUCCUGUUUCUGUCACCUGUGCCAGAUAGCACUGCCUAACAAGACUGACUUCCAGGAGCACAUCCUCCUGCACAACAGUGCCACGCCCUCGCUCGGACUAUCGCGCACCUUCCCCGGCAUCAUGGCUCACAAUCUGAGCACUGUGCGCUCCCCGACGUACACCCCUGCCCUCGGGGACCCUCUGCCUCUGCCUCCUCUGCCCACUGAGAAAAGAGGUCCCUAUGACCCCAUAAUGGGCCCCCCAGUCAACAACCCCAUCUACACUUGUGCAUACUGUGGGGCUGGACAUCCUGACUUAGAGACUCUGAAAGUCCAUUAUCUGACCCAUGACCCACACCCACCCUCUCACAGUCAGGACAGCUCCAUCCUUAACUCAGACACUCUCAGUUCUGGGUCGCAGGGCUCAGUAGCGUCACCCUCUGGGGGCCGUGUGCCUCAACCCAAUUCUCCAGAUGAUGAAGAGCGCCGCUUUAAAUGUGGCGAGUGUGGCAAAAGUUACCGGCAUGCAGGAAGCCUGGUAAACCAUAAACGCUGCCAUCAGACCGGCCAUUACCAGUGCACCAUCUGUUGUAAGCAGUACCCACAUCUGGCAGCACUGCACAGCCACCUGCGGAGCCAUAAGGGCCGCUCCUCUAACCAACCAAUUGGCAACGACAGCAGCGAUUGGCUGUCUCCGGAGCCGCUCACACUGGACUCCCAACAGAGCUACGUUCAGGAGGGCAGCAGCACCACCACUCCAAUCUCACUUCCAGGAAACCUCGGGGACACCGCCCACUUCGUGCCAGACAACGGCCACAGCAGCGGCUUGGACUCUCUGGAGUUCCACGGUCGCUUCGAUAGCGGCUCGCUGUCUCAGAGCAGCUCUGCCCACCGUCAGGCUGACAGACAUGUAUGUGCUGACUGCGGCGAGAUGUACGGAGAUGUCUCAGGCAUCAAGUCUCACAUGUGUCCCCGCCGUGGCCAGCAGCAGCAGGGCAACAUGUCAAAUGGUUUCAUGGGGAACAUGAACUACCAUGGCUCCAGUGGGACCUCGCUGCCCUCGGGAAGCUCCAGCAACAUGAAGGAAAGUAGCAACCAGAGACCGUAUUCCCAAAGCGCAGCCAAAAGGAUGGGGAGCAACGACAAAGAGGACGAUGAUGACGGGGAGGUGUAUCAGUGCUCUGUUUGUGGUAAUCAUUAUGCCAGCCUCAGGGCCCUCAGGAGCCACUUGCGCAGCCACGCCAACAACCCAACCGGACCAGGGCCAUCUACCCUGGAGCAAGACUGGAGGAUGAUCUGCUCCACCUGCGGCCAGACCUUCUCUAGGAAGCAGGACCUCCUGAACCACCAGUUAAUCCACGGUCCCCAAAGGUCGGACAGCCAGCAGUCAGGUAUCUCCGGUGGCUCCACCAAUGGAGGCGAUAAGAUGGAUGGACGCAGCCACAUCUGUGUUGACUGCGGCAUGUUUUUUGUCGACCACCACCACCUGGUCACCCACCUUUGCCCUGGAAAGAAUCGGCCUGGCUCCAUGAGCAAAGCAGGUCUGAACGGAGGCAAAGGGAUGUCUAGAGGAGAUGGGGCUGGGGGAAGCAGCGAUGUGGGAGGUGAUGGACGCAGGUCACUGGUUGACCAAAGUGACAAACCUCACAAGUGUGACCAGUGUGGACGAGGGUACAGACACCCCUGCUCACUCUUAAACCACAAGAAAUCCCAUAAAACAGGUGUGUUCCGCUGCCUGGUGUGCCAGAAACGCUACUACAACCUACUGGCUCUCAAGAACCACCAAAGGACCCACUUUGACCUGAAAAGGCACAAAUGUGAGGAAUGUGGCAAAGCCUUCAAGAUCCAAAAGCAGCUCAUCAACCAUCUCCGUCUCCAUGAGGAGCACCGGGCCAAAGGUCUUGUCCGGACUGGGCCUAACGGUUCCCGCUUCCAGCAGCCUGGUCCAUCUCAGACGAUGCAGACGAUGAGAGGGGAUGCCCCAAAGGGUCCAGUUAUGGGUGUCAAGUACAGCCACCAAGGUUUUAAGAAACCCUACUCCUCUGCUGGAACCUCUAGGCCCCAGAAGUUUGACCCUGCCGAAAGUGGGCGGCGGCCUUUCGCCUGUGAGGAAUGUGGGAAGACUUAUCGCCACGCUGGUAGCCUGGCCAAUCACAAGAACCUUCACAAGAUCGGGGAGUACCACUGCAACGUCUGCAACUCCACAUACCCCAACCGCCUGGCCAUGAAGAACCACCUCCGUCUCCACUUUGCUCAGAAGAAGCACAACUGCCAGGAGUGUGGCAAAGGCUUCCGCACGCAGCGGCAGCUCGCCACCCACACUACGGCCGGCCUGUGCAAGGGGCCGCAGGGUCCCGGGGCCCAAAUGGACUUUGAGUGCGACGGCUGCUGCGAAGGCUUUGCCACAGCCGAUGAGCUUUCAGCUCAUGACUGCCCAGCCCAGCACCUGCCUUCUUCAUCCUCCACCAGCAGCUCCACAAACAUCAACAUGGAGCGGACCUCUGUGGACUUGGACUCGGACGAGCGGCCGUACGCCUGUGACCUGUGCAGCUGCACCUACAAACAUGCCAGCUCUCUGCUAAACCACAAGCACACGCACAAGACGGGCAACUUCCGCUGCAACUUCUGUGACAAGCCCUACACCAACUACAUGGCUCUGCGCAACCACAUGCGCAUCCACACGCAACGCAAAAAGCACAUCUGUCAUACGUGCGGGAAAGCGUUCCGGCUGGCCCGGUUCUUGAGGAACCACCAGAAAGUGCACGAAGAGGGUGCCACCCCGUUCGGCUGCCCGAGCUGCGGAAAGAGCUUCCAGGGAAGGUCCGGCCUGGCCCGGCACCGCUGUGGGGACAACCAGGUAGGCAUGGAGGUCAGGAGGAAGACCGCUGCACCCACGGGGGAGGAAGAGUGUCGGUACACGUGUGAUCAGUGCGGCCGCUCCUACCGCCACGCCAGCUCCUUGCUCAACCACAAGAACACCCACACAGUCGGCAUCUACCACUGCGCCGUGUGCCUCAAGACCUACAACAACCUGCUUGCCCUAAAGAACCAUCGCCGCAUCCAUUCCGAGACGCGCCGCCACCGCUGCCACGACUGCGGGAAGGCCUUCCGGGUCUCCUCGCAGCUCUACAACCACCGGCGCGUCCACCAGAAGCAGCGGGAGCUGACCUGUCGGUCCUGCCAGAGAGCGUUCCCCACGCAGGCCAGCUUCAGGCUCCACAUGGAGAUCACCCAUGGCCAGGCGCCGCAGCCCCGCCAGCCCAGACCCCCGCAGCCCCGACCGGGGGGCUCCCAGGAGCUGGGCUGGGGGUCGGGCCUGGACCACACCCUGAUGCAGGAGCAAGGACUCAACCCUCGCAGCCUGGCCAAAGCUCGCGACCGAGAGGGCAGCAGCGACGUCGCCAAGCCCCACGUCUGCAACCAGUGCGGGCGGUCCUACCGCCACGCCAGCUCGCUCCUCAACCACAAGAACAGCCACAAGACCGGGACCUUCUUCUGCUCCUCCUGCCAGAAGGAGUUCCCCAACCUCAUGUCCCUGAAGAACCACCGGCGCAUUCACACCGAACCCAAACGCUACCAGUGUCCCGACUGCGGCAAGUCGUUCCGGGUUUCCACGCAGCUGAUCUGCCACCGGCGGAUCCACACCAAGGAGAAGCCGUUCUCUUGCCAGCACUGCGACAAGCGCUUCUCCUCCAAGUCCAACCUGCGACACCACAUGAAGGUCCACUGGAGCAGCGCCAGGCCGGCGCCACACCUGGCCACGCCCAACUACCUGGGCAUGCCCGGGGGCCCCUUCUUGUAGGCUGAGGGAGCCACAUCUGUUGAGGUGCCAAAUCACAGUCUAACCUUCCUCCUCCUCUUCCUCAUUGUGUGCGUGGACAGAUAGACUGGCUGCAGCCGCCGCCCCCUCCUCGCUGCAUGCAGCCCCC